AUGCCACGGUCUCGCCGAGGGGGAAGGAAGCGGCAGAUCAAGCGGUUAAAAUGGCGUCUCAUCGAGGCUGGAACGUUCGAUCCUCGCAUCUUCGAUCGACCUCCGCCCCCCGACGCCUCCCCGAGACCCCACGGAUCACCGGGCCCGUUUGAGCUGCCGCCUCCACAGCCUACCCCCUGCACCCGACUAGUGGCCCCGGCACCACCCUGCCAUAACGCACCACCACCAAACCUCGCUCCCUUUAGGCGCCCGCCGCCCCGGCUACCCCCAGGGACCGACACCGCCCCUAUACGAGCUCCCACGCGUCCCGCAAAGGUGGACCGCCAGGCCCGUCCACCCCUGCGGCAAGGCCCCCGCAUAACAAGCGACGAGGCCUUCGUCGGGACGCUCCCGAAAUUCGCCUUAUCCGGCAAGGCGACCCCUCGAUCCAUAGAAGCUUAUAAAAGGCUUCUCAAGCCCCUCGAAGGAGCACCACCUCUUAAAAGAAGAAAACAAGCGAGAGAACAAUAA